AUGUCAUUUGCUUUUUACUUGAAAACCAACUUACCUGCCUUUGCUCGACGAGCAGCCAUUUACGCUGGUAAUAAACCGAGAUUUUUCACGCAAACUGCACUUCUUCGUAAUGCCUCUGUCUUUCCCUCUCUCAACACCUUAACAGAAGAAGAAGCAGCCAUACGUGAAACGGUUACAAGUUUUGCUCAGGAAAUAAUAUUGCCAAAAGUUAAAGAGAUGGACGAAAAAGAAUCAUUAGACAAAGAAAUUCUCAAGGGUUUAUUUGAUCAAGGGUUUAUGGGAAUAGAAACCGAACCAGAGUAUGGCGGUUCUGGCAGUACUUUCUUGUCAGCUAUCCUUGUGGUAGAAGAGCUUGCCAAGGUUGAUCCAGCGAUUAGCGUAGUUUGCGAUGUUCAAAAUACUCUCGUAAAUACUUUAUUCCGUAAAUAUGGUAGUGAUGCCUUAAGGAAGAAAUAUUUGCCACAACUUGCAACUGGCAAGGUUGGCUGCUUCUGUUUGUCCGAAGAAUCUGCCGGUAGUGACGCGUUUGCUUUAAAAACACGUGCUGAUAAGAAAGGUGAUCAUUAUGAAAUAAAUGGCUCCAAAAUGUGGAUAACAAAUUCAUAUGAAGCAGAGAUUUUUUUGGUCUUUGCUAAUAUUGAUUUUGACGCAAAACAUAAGGGGAUUACCUGUUUCGUCGUUGAAAAAGAUUUUGGAGUGAAGGUUGCAAAGAAAGAAUCAAAGCUUGGUAUCAGGGCCUCUUCUACAUGUACUUUGAACUUUGAUGGUGUGAAGGUUCCCGAGGAAAAUGUGCUUGGUGAAGUUGGGAAAGGAUAUAAAUACGCAAUUGAGAUUUUGAACGAAGGACGUAUUGGGAUUGCUGCUCAGAUGAUUGGAUUGGCUCAAGGUGCAUUUGAUCAUGCAUUGCCAUAUACUUUAGUGCGAAAACAAUUUGGUCAACCCGUGGGCGAAUACCAGGGAAUGCAAUUUCAAUAUGCUCAAAUUGCCACUGAUAUCGAAGCUGCGAGGUUAUUGACUUAUAAUGCUGCAAGAUUAAAGCAAGAAGGCUGCAACUUUGUCAAGGAAGCUGCAAUGGCAAAAUUAUUUUCUUCGCAAGUUGCCGAACAUGCUGCAUCUAAAGCUAUCGAAUGGAUGGGUGGUGUCGGAUUCACAAGAGAGUUUCCUGGUAUUCAUUGA